AUGGUGGGGGGUGGGGGGAAGGGGUUUUUGGGGAGGGGGGGGGGGGUGGGGGAUUAUGGGGGGGGGUGUGUGAGGGUUAAAAUAGGUUUUGGGGGGAAAAGUUGGGGAAGAGUUGGAGUGGGGGGGUUGGGUGAGGAUAUGGGGGGAUUGGGGUAUGUGGGUAUUGGGGUGGAUGGGGAGGAUUGGGUUGGGGUGUGGGUUAGGUGUGGGUGUUUGUUUGGUGGUUGUGUUGGUUUGUUGGUGGGGUUGGGGGGGGGGGGGGGGGGGGUUGGUAGGUGGUUGGUAUUUGUGGGUGGUGGGGGGGUUUGGUGGGGGGGUGUUUGGUGGGGGUUGGUGGGGGGGGGGGGUUGUUUGUUUGUGGGUGGUGGGGGGUUAGUGGGUGUGGGGAUGGGUAGGUUGGUUAGUGGGGGGUGGGGGGGGUUGGGGGUUGUGGGGGGGGGGGGGUUGGGGGGGGUGUGGGGGGGGAAGGGGGGUGGGUUUUUGGGGGGGGAUGGGGUAAUGGGGUGGUUGUUGGUUUUGUGGGUUGGGGGGGGGGGGGGGUGUGGGUGUUGGGGGUUUGUGAGGGGGGGGGGGUGUUAUGUGGUUGGUUGGGGGUUGUGGGGUUGUGUGUUGGGUGUUGGGGGUAAUGGUAGGGGGUGGUUUUUGGGGUGGUUGGUUGGUGUUGGUGGGGUGUAG